CCAUCGUAGUUGCGACUGUUGUUUCGAUCAGUGGAACUCUGCUCUAGCCAUGAAAGGAGGGUAACGUUAUCCACUCUAGCGCAAUGCAUAGGAUGGAAGGUCGGUAAUAAGCAGACCCAAUUGCACACAGCCUUCCUCGAAAACACGGUGGGGCGUUUUUUAUAACAGGGAGUGAAGUUUCCAGACAACAGCGGAACGUUGGUUAGCCAGGCGGAGCCGAAUCAACAAGAUGUUACGGCCGUCGCUACAAAGUAUUCUUGAUGUUGCCCUCCUUACGAGAGUCGCGGCUACUGCGAGCAGUUGUCGCACCGACUCGCUCCCAACUCCAACUUUACUUGGGGGGUCGAUUCUUUCUAUCGAGGCUGCUCAAGUCAAUAGCGCAACCAUCUCAAGCUCGAGCAUCGACUUCUGCAACGUUUCGGUCAUCUAUACACAUCCCGGGCAGAACGACCGGAUAAAUGUCUCCCUGUGGCUCCCAAACACAUGGAACGGCCGCUUCCAGGGCGUUGGGGGAGGCGGUUGGACCACCAAUGCAGACUUCGGAGACAUGGUCAGCGCAGUGUCCCAGGGAUACGCCGCGGCCACAACAAACGGAGGACACACGGCCAUCACAAACACUUCAUCUUGGGCUAUGUUGAGCCCUGGAAAUGUCAACCUCUAUCUUCUUCAAGACUUUGCAUCCGUAUCCCUGAACGACAUGACCAUCAUUAGUAAGCAACUCACGGAAGCCUACUACGGAAAACCAAUCUCGAGGUCGUACUGGAACGGGUGUUCUACCGGAGGAAGGCAGGGUCUUAUGAUGGCGCAGCGGUAUCCCGAUGCCUACGACGGGAUCCUCGCCGAGGCACCAGCCAUUAACUGGGCCGAGUUCAUCGUUGCGGAAUUCUGGCCUCAGCGUGUCAUGCACGAGAUGGAAUACUUCCCGAAUCAGUGCGAACUUAGCGCCAUCACGAGCGCAGCCGUCGAAGCGUGCGACGAACUCGAUGGCCUCGAAGAUGGCAUCAUUGGUAUGAUUGGGCUUUGCGACUUCGAUCCUCGAAGCGCUGUAGGCAAAGCCUAUACCUGUGGUGACUUGGCUAGUCAUGUUACAGAAGAGGCCGCAACUAUCGUUCAGACCAUCUGGACUGGAGCACGCGACGCUUAUGGGCGGUUUCAGUGGUACGGAUUUCCCCGAGGAACGCCGCUCAACGGCCUGGCCAACACCACGUGUUCCUCGAAUGGCACCUGCAUAGGAGUACCCUUUGCCAUCUCCAAAGAUUGGCACCAAAUUUUUCUCAAGAGGGACCCAAACUUUGAUCCCUACAGUAUGACGCAAGCCGAAUGGGAUGCAGCUUUCCAUGCAUCGGUAAACCAGUACACCUCCAUCAUAGGCACCUCCGACCCCGACUUGACUCAAUUCAAGAAUGCGGGUGGCAAGAUGAUUACCUGGCACGGAAUGGCAGAUCAGCUCAUAUUUUACAACGGCACGGUGGACUACUACGAGCGUGUACUGGAAGCGGAUCCCGGAGCGAAGGAGUACUAUCGUUUUUACGCUGCGCCGGGUGUCGGACAUUGCCGUGGUGGCGUGGGAGCGGUGCCGACGGACCCUCUGGCGCAGUUGGUCAAGUGGGUAGAGGAGGGCGAGGUUCCCACGACUUUGACGGCGAAUCGAACAGUUGAGGGGAGGAGGUGGGAGCAGGGGCUUUGCGCGUACCCGUUGAGUUCGAAGUAUAUAGGUGGUGAUCCAGCGUCGGCUUCAUCGUUUCGGUGCGAGUAGUAAUGCGCCGAGAUUAUUGGACGAGAUGACAUGCAGAGGUUGCGUCUGACUGGUGGUGGCCAUAUCGUCAAUUCAAAUGUUGUG